ACAUAUGCCGGGGAUGGUGUGCUGGUGAAAUGGAGUGGGGACUCAGGCAAAUGUUUAACAGGACAUGUCUCAAUGUUUAUCCAGCGAGGCUGGAGAUAAGUGCGGCUCCGGGCACCGCCGCCGAUCUCACUCCGGCUCGGCAUACGUGGGACAGAGAAAUCUGACUGCCAGCAGCAUGAAGGCUUGGAGUGUGGUCGCUGUCUUCCUGUGUCUGUUCAAUCCGAUGUUCACCACUGAUGCUGAAGAUAUAACAGCGACAUCUGAACCCAGACAGGCCUCAACUUCCUACCCUGUCCAAAUCACAACUCACAGCCUGCAGGUCCAGGGGCCAGACUCGGACCCGACCGUCACACAGUUUCUGGAGGUCCGACCGUCAGCUGCCAGAGAGGGGGAUGUGGAGCCAGACCCUCGGAGUGAGGGCGAGGCGUGGCCGCAGGAAAAGUGCGCAGGGGCCACAUCUCCCGAGACGAUGCAGGUCCUGGGAAAGGCCAUCGGUGACUUUGGCAUUACUAUGUUCCGGAAAAUUCUGAAGGAGACCAAGAAACCAAAUGUGAUCAUCUCGCCUCUGAGCAUUGUGCUAGGGCUCGCUCAGCUGACCCUGGGUUCUGCUAACGAGACGGAGAGAGAACUGGUGAAGAGCCUACACUUGGCCUCUCCAAACUGCUCACACCACAGCCUCCACAUGGCCGUCAGCGCCUUCAGCCAGAGAGCUGCCAGCAUUGCCUCCACCAUCUACAUGCGGAAGGCUUUACGUGUGAAGCCAGGCUUUUUGAUGGGUUUGGAGAGGUUUUACCAGUCCCAGCCACAGCUGCUGAGUGGACAGCCCUCCGAGGACACCAAAAACAUCAACAGUUGGGUGGAGCAGAUGACCAGUGGCAAAAUCAAAAACUUUCUGAGUGCUGUUCCUGUAAACACUGAGUUGAUCUUGAUUAACGCCAUAAACUUUAAAGGACUGUGGAAGGUUCAAUUCGAUCCACGUGCCACGGGGCCUGAUUCGUUCUUCCUGGAGAACGGGACGGUGCUGCAAGUGCCGAUGAUGAAGCACCCGAAGUACCCCGUCAACAUACAAUUUAACCAGGAGCUGCAGAGCGAGGUGAUCUGGAUCCCAUUCAAACACAACAUGAGCUUCAUUGUGGUGAAGCCUCUGGACAGUGGCAGAUUGAACUCUGUUGUCAAGAGCCUGAAUCUCUCAGACAUCGAAGGACCUCACAAACUGCGGACCAUGCUGGUCAGAGUGCCCAAACUCAAAGUCAACUUCGGCACUGAGCUCAAGAACGUUCUGGAGCAUGUAGGCCUCAGGAGGAUCUUCAGUAACCCGGACCUGAGUCGCAUUUCCGACCAGCCGCUCGUGGUGUCCUCCGUCCAGCACAAGUCCACAAUGGAGCUGAGCGAGGAGGGUGUGGAGGCUUCGGCUGGUACCAGUGUCUCCAUCACCCGGUCUCUCCUGCAGUGUGCUAUCAAUCGGCCGUUUUUCUUCAUGAUCCGCGAUGAGAUCUCCGGAAUUCCGCUCUUCCUCGGCACCAUCAAACAACCCCAGGCGACACUGCAGGAAGUACCGGCCGCCAGGCUGGGGCCAUUCCCCAGUACUGUACACAUUCCCGAACCCAAGUGAUAACUGGGCUUGGAUCUCCCCUCAGCUCCCACUAGACCCAACACUACCUCACCUCCUACCCCGCCCCUCACCUCCCACUAGACCCAACACUCCCUCACCUCUUACCACGCCCAUCACCUCCCACUAGACCCAACACUCCCUCACCUCCUACCCCGCCCCUCACCUCCCACUAGACCCAACACUCCCUCACCUCCUACCCCGCCCCUCACCUCCCACUAGACCCAACACUCCCUCACCUCUUACCACGCCCCUCACCUCCCACUAGACCCAACACUCCCUCACCUCCUACCCCGCCCCUCACCUCCCACUAGACCCAACACUCCCUCACCUCUUACCCCGCCCCUCACCUCCCACUAGACCCAACACUCCCUCACCUCCUACCCUGCCCCUCACCUCCCACUAGACCCAACACUCCCUCACCUCCUACCCUGCCCCUCACCUCCCACUAGACCCAACACUCCCUCAGCUCCUACCCCGCCCCUCACCUCCCACUAGACCCAACACUCCCUCACCUCCUACCCCGCCCCUCACCUCCCACUAGACCCAACACUCCCUCACCUCCUACCCCGCCCCUCACCUCCCACUAGACCCAACACUCCCUCACCUCUUACCACACCCCUCACCUCCCACUAGACCCAACACUCCCUCACCUCCUACCCCGCCCCUCACCUCCCACUAGACCCAACACUCCCUCACCUCCUACCCCGCCCCUCACCUCCCACUAGACCCAACACUCCCUCACCUCCUACCCCGCCCCUCACCUCCUACCCCGCCCCUCACCUCCUACCCCGCCCCUCACCUCCCACUAGACCCAACACUCCCUCACCUCCUACCACGCCCCUCACCUCCCACUAGACCCAACACUCCCUCACCUCCUACCCCGCCCCUCACCUCCUACCCCGCCCCUCACCUCCCACUAGACCCAACACUCCCUCACCUCCUACCCCGCCCCUCACCUCCUACCCCGCCCCUCACCUCCCACUAGACCCAACACUCCCUCACCUCCUACCCCGCCCCUCACCUCCCACUAGACCCAACACUCCCUCACCUCCUACCCCGCCCCUCACCUCCCACUAGACCCAACACUCCCUCACCUCCUACCCCGCCCCUCACCUCCCACUAGACCCAACACUCCCUCACCUCCUACCACGCCCCUCACCUCCCACUAGACCCAACACUCCCUCACCUCCUACCACGCCCCUCACCUCCCACUAGACCCAACACUCCCUCACCUCCUACCCCGCCCCUCACCUCCCACUAGACCCAACACUCCCUCACCUCCUACCCUGCCCCUCACCUCCCACUAGACCCAACACUCCCUCACCUCCUACCACGCCCCUCACCUCCCACUAGACCCAACACUCCCUCACCUCCUACCCCGCCCCUCACCUCCCACUAGACCCAACACUCCCUCACCUCCUACCCCGCCCCUCACCACCCACUAGACCCAACACUCCCUCACCUCCUACCCCGCCCCUCACCUCCCACUAGACCCAACACUCCCUCACCUCCUACCACGCCCCUCACCUCCCACUAGACCCAACACUCCCUCACCUCCUACCCCGCCCCUCACCUCCCACUAGACCCAACACUCCCUCACCUCCUACCCCGCCCCUCACCUCCCACUAGACCCAACACUCCCUCACCUCCUACCCUGCCCCUCACCUCCCACUAGACCCAACACUCCCUCACCUCCUACCACGCCCCUCACCUCCUACCCCGCCCCUCACCUCCCACUAGACCCAACACUCCCUCACCUCCUACCCCGCCCCUCACCUCCCACUAGACCCAACACUCCCUCACCUCCUACCCCGCCCCUCACCUCCCACUAGACCCAACACUUCCUCACCUCCUACCACACCCCUCACCUCUUACCACGCCCCUCACCUCCCACUAGACCCAACACUCCCUCACCUCCUACCCCACCCCUCACCUCCCACUAGACCCAACACUCCCUCACCUCCCACUAGACCCAACACCUCCCACAACACUCCCUCACCUACCACAUCCUUCACCUCUUACCACGCCCCUCACCUUCCACUAGACCCAACACCCCCUCAACUACUACACCCCCUCACCUCCUACUACACUUCAUCAGCCCAUUCACCCCUCUAUCCACCUCCCCUCACCCAUCACCCCUACCACCACGUCACCCUCAACCACCAAUAGCCAACCCUCCCACCUAAUUACCCUCUCUACCAACCCCUUACCCCACCCCUCACCCCACCCCUCAACCCCCAAUACUGCCUACCCCACACUAGCCCACCCUCCUACCAACCCCUACACCAGCCAUCACUCCCCACCACCCCAUUCAUCCCCACCACCCACCUCCGUCCAGUCCUUGGUGCCUUCUAAAAGUCACUGAACAGUGACCCCCAUUUCUGCAGCAGGUCGUAAGCGGAGUGAGGGGGUUGAAGACCAAUGCAUGCCACAGUGGAACCAGCCACGAGCGGGCACAUCCCAAGCUAUACCUGUUGAUGGUCGCCUGUAACUGCAGUGUCACCAUGGGAUUGUCUGUACUUCCUGUGAGCCUCCGGAUUGCCUGUACUUCCUGUGACAUCUCACUGAGAUCACCUGUAUUUUCUGUUACUGGCUGUCUAUCCUUCCAGUGAUGCUGAUCAACAUUGCUUUUUUUCUUGUGUUCAUGAGUGAAAUUUCCUGUAUUUCCUGUGUUCAUGAGUAAAUUUGCCUGUAUUUCCCUUGUCA